AUGGAGGCCAACAAACUCCGUCAGCCGCGACAGCCCGUCACCGCAGCCGUCCGAGAGCUCAGGGAUGAAGCCAUUACACUCUGCUCCAAGGUCAACAACCAUGCCAAGGCGGCCAAGCUUCCGCCGGACGAGAACACCACUCGAUCCCUAGCCACCGAACUUCGCCUCUUUGGUGGCACCCUCUUCAGUCUUGAGACUCUUGCCUCUGAGAUCGAGCAGGAUGACGCCGCUUCUGCCGGCAUGAUGGUUGGCACGGCACGUCAGCUUCCCUGCCUUCGACGCCUGCGAGAGCCCCUCCAGUCUGUCCGACUCCGCCUCAAGACGUUCACCCCGUACGACAUCCAGCAAGCCAAGGAUGAGGUAGUGGCCUGUCGCGCCACCAUCACCUACGUGCUUGCCAAAGCGCGGACCUGUUCCGACUUCGUCACCUUACUAUCCGUCGUGUACCAUGGCAACGAGCUCUCCAAAGAACCAGAAGAUGUCUGCGAAUGGCUCCAGGUCUUGAACAACCCCUUCAACAACCGCCGCCCCCGGGAGCACAAUCUCGAGACACUCUUUCUCGAGGCACGGCGCGCGGAAUUCCCCCAGUACUCUCACGCCGCCAAGUCGUGGCCUUUUUUUGCUCGCCUUCACUGGCCGGCCGUUCAAGAUCAUGUCCGGGACCUCUUCGUUUUGCCACGGUCCUGGAACUUCGUUCAGUGGGCACUCGAGUUCGCGCGUACCACCUUGCCGGCGCAGUUUGGCCCGUCUAGCUCGGACAGCGAGGCCAUCAUUCACCUGACGGAUGCCCUUUGCGAUGGAUCCAUCUCUCCGCUUCACUUCGCCGCCGCCCUUGGCCUGCCCGAGCUUUGUAGGCAACUGAUUGACAACGGAGCGGACGUCAACGUCGCUGGCGCCUUUGGCUCGCCGCUUUACAGUGCCUUUCUUGGCACCGAAUUCCUCGCGGUCGGAAGCUGCCCCAAAAUCUGGGCGGACAUUCUCGUCCAAGAUGAUCACGUGGGAGCACGAAACGCGGCCAUCAUGGCGCUCCUGGACCGUGGCGCCGACGCAAACUAUCGGUUCCGAGGCCCGGACGACCAACCCGUCCCUCUGGCAGUGCUGGCUUUCUGGCACUCAUUGGAUGUCAACAGCUACACCGUCUUCAAGCGGUUUCUCGCUGCCGGUGCCGAGCUGAAUCAGACCUUCGCCGACGUCGUCACUCAGCCAUACCUCAUCGACCAUGCACGCACCAACUCCGACGUCUUGUCCAUUCUCCUCACAAGCGCCUUCGACGCCGCCUUCACUGUGGAGGAUUCGGCGGCGGGCGACGUUAUUGCCAGUGCAAUCGUAGGCGUCAUGCACGACUGCAGGAUCGACAUGACCCCGGAUCCAGAGUCUGGAGGGAAGCUCGUUCACGUCCCUGACGCUACUUUUGCUGACCUCGUCGUCGACGCGGUUCGGGACGAUGAGAUUCUCUACUUCAAAAGGCUUGCCAUGGAUCCCCGGUUUGAUCCCAGACAGCCUGCGGCCCAACACGACGGCGGAACCAUCGCUCAUCUUGCCGUUGGCGGCGAUCAGCAUGAAAUGGUGGAAGCACUUAUUGCCUCUGGCACGGACUUCACUGCGCGAGAUGAAAAAGGGCGCACUCCCUUUUUGCUCGUAGAGAGUACCGCCAUGCUAAAGGUCUUUGUGGCCCACUCCAUCCCCACGACGGAUGCCGAUCAUCGAGGGCGCACAAUAUGGCAUUACGCUGCCGCCAACAACGACGUUGCUUUACUAGUGGCCCUCUGCGCCAGCGACCCUGCGCAGAAGCAGAACAUGGUGGCCGUCAACAACAAGGGCUCCUCACCCCUCGACAAGGCCCUUCGGCAUACAGACAAGCUUCAAAGGGUGCACGACCCCACGGGCUGGGCUGAACCGCACGCUGCACGCUAUCUGCUGGAGCUCGGCGCCAAUUUGAAGCUCCCGGCUCCCUACCCGCGCAUUCUAUCGGCCGUUGAAUGGGGCGAGCUGGGUCUGGUGGAAAAGCUGCUGGAAGGCGGCGAAAGCCCCAGCGCUACCAAUGAGAUUGGGAUGAAUGCUCUUCACCAUCUAAACUUCCACGCCUGCACUGAGCUAGUCGCACUUUUGCAGAAGCUCUGUGCUGGCCUGCCCGUGGCAGUGGAAAAGCCUGUGAAUCCUGAUUCCUUGACACCCAAGGAUCGCGAAAGGCAUCGCAGAAAUGCUGGCCUGACCCCUGCGGAGACGAUUUUCAAUAACACGAGUCUUUUCACCGACGGCACAUUCUUCUGCACCUCGCAACAUCCCUCCUGUCGCAACGAGCUAUCGGCAGAAAUGUACAAGAUGCUUCUCACGCCGACAGUGCUGGCAUAUCGGGACUCGACUGACGCAUGCACGUGGGAGCGCUUCUGCUCUCGCGUCGUGACACAGUACGAAUCUUACCUCGUACCGGAUUCCACCAUCCAUGACCUCAGCUUCUACUACACUUCCCUAGUGACGGCGGUCGAGUGUCUCAAGGAUUCCGGUGCGCUGGCCACGUAUGAGGAGAGGACGGGUGAAGCAGCCGUGCUGUGCCUCGCCAGGUUCCACGACGACCCCGAGGGCCCCAGAUACAAGUGGUUGCCCUCUAGGCUGCAACUCGUGCGCGUCAUGCUCGACUCCUUUGAGAGCCCACUGACAACCGAGUUUUACGGCGGGGACGAGGUGCGCGAGCUGGGAGAGCUGGUCUCCGACCUGGAUUUCGAUACCAUGUGGUGGCUGGAGUUGAUGACGCGCAUGAGCAAGUCCUACCGCCUGCGCCAGGAUGACGCCGAGGAGGAGAAGGCAGAAUAG